AUAUAUAUAUAAAUUAAUACAAAGAUGUCGUUAAUGUUAUCGAACUUUUGUAUAGUCGACAAAGAUGCAAUAAGAAAAUAAAUAUAUUGUAAAAAAUGUAAUUGUACAUUGCAAAAAUUUUAAGUGAGAAAAAGAAAUAAAUAAUUAAAUAAAUAAAUAAAUAAAUACAUUGUAAAAAAUUGAGUGUACAUCGCAAAAAUCUGAAAUAAAAUAUCUCUUGGUUAUAAUAGUAUUAUAUAUAAUAAUAUUAUAUACGUAUGAAUGUAUAAACAAUGGCGUGUCAGAAAAAAAAUCAUUGAUAAAUCGAUCAAAUUUAACAUCGUGUGUCAACGCCGUCUUUUGUUCUUUGUUACGAAUGAUAAAAAAAAAAAAAAAAGAAAAAUGUGAAAGUAUUUUCGUCCACGUCAAACUAAUGAACACAUAACCCAAUAAUAUCAAUUAAUUAAUAAUAAAUAAAUUAUAAUUAUUAGAAAAAUAAACCAUUUGGAAAGAUCUAAUUUCUAACGAUGUCGUGAGACACAAUGUUGAAAGUAUUCAAACUGAUUAGCAUUUUAAUUUUGAUCUUGUCAAUAUUUUUCCAAUUAAUUUCAAGCAAACCAUUUAUUCAAUCACUCAAUAUUUCCAAGAUCAAUAAAGAGCCUAAUUUUAGGCAUUCGAGCAAUGACGAAGAACAAAUGGCGAUAAUGUUCAAUCAAACUUUGGAUUACUUUAUACCACGACGUCGUUUAUUGGACAAUCAAUAUCAUCAGAAUUAUUCUAAAGACGAAACAAUUCGGCCGUUUAACGUUUCUAUUAAUUACAAUAAAAACAAUUUAAAUUUGUCGGUAACGCCAGCUUGGACGAUAGAUUUGUUGCCGAACAUAACAAAUGUUCCCGUUAACGUUGAAUACAUUUCGAGUACCUCGUUCGUUGAGAUUGAAUACGAUACGACACACGUUAGAAGAAAAAGAAAUGCCGCGGUAGACGACAAUCAAUCGAAGACCGACGAGGAACAUGAGAAUGUUGAAAACCCAGACAAAAAACGUUCGUCAUCGUCAUCGUCAUCGUCGGAUAAUGACGAGGACAGCAGUGAUCAACGUUCGAAUUUGCAGAAAUCUGAAAAUGACGAGUCCGAGGAUUACAGUGCGGACCUCGAGGAAUCCAACGAUACCGAAACUGACGACGAUCAGGAUAAAGUUCAAUCGAAGGACACUAAAACGAAACGAGAAAGUUCCGAUUACGAGUACGUCGAGGAUCAGGAUAAAUCAUCGGGCGACGUUAGAAUUAAACGCGAGGAAACCAAUCAGACGAACGAAAAGAUCAAAUUGGAAGAGAGUAACAAAAAUGUUGAGGAGAACGCUGAGAAAACUGACAAAAGCGAUGAGAGAGUUAACGAGUCGGAUUCGAAGAGAGACGCAGCGGAAGAGAAAAAUACUGAUACGGUUGAGUCGCCGAAAUUGGCGAAAGAAGACGACAGCGAAUACGAGAAACGUGUCGAGGAAAAAAUCAAACGUAAGAUAGAUUCUAUCAAGGAGGAGAUCAAACGUGAGAUCGAAAGGAAACGAAGGGAUCGUGAGAUCGAAAGGAACAAUGCCAGGUUCGAUGAAUUACAGAGUAAGGAUAACGAUGAACAGGAGGAACAAGAAGCGGUAAGUGCGAACGUCGAUGAGAAAAUGGCGUCUAAGAGAUCGUCCGACGACGUCAAACCUAAAAUAAUAAGAAGAAGGAGAAGGAGAAGAAGGAGAAGGAGAUCGAACGAAAGUGAGAGAAUCAGGCAUCGAUUGGAAGAAAUCGAAGGCGUUGAUAAUCUCAAAGACGAGGAUGAUUAUCGUGCUGCCGUACACGAAAGUAUUAGAAAAAGAUUUGCACCGGAUGAGUCAUCCGAUCAGGAUGAACCAAAGGUAAAUAGGAUUUCUUUGAACAAGGCACCGAUUAAGAAACGUGAAAAGAUUCGGCAAAUGUACGUGGUGAAGAACGACAACGACAAGAGACGAAGAAAGAAAAGAAAAAGAAGAGUUGCCGACGAGGGACACGUAUUGGUACCCGAACAGGCACACGUUAAGAUCGAAGAUGACCUUCCGCGUGAUCUAACGUUCGAUCCAAAGCUACGCAGAAGUCAACCCCUUGACGAGAAGGUAAGGAUUAAAAGAGCAAACGCAAGAUUGGUUACUUUAGAAUAUAGGCCGCAAAACAUCGAAGACGAGGAGAACGACGAAGGCAAUGAAUUUGGCGACGAUGGUUUCGAAGAUAGAACAUCGAAUUUGAAAGAUCGAAUUAGUAAUUCGUUGAUCGAAGACCAAGAGGAUAAAGAGAAUCAGCAUGUUAAUUUUCUUUUCCCUGGAAUUUCGUCUUGAUUGAAUGAAUCUGUUAGAUCCAAAUAUUAUCAUUUUGACGAAAAAUACUUUCCGCAGUUAGUUAAUAAAAAUAAUUCUCAGGAAUUAUUUUUCCAUCAUAAAUUUCUUACAUCUAUAUGAUU